GGUUACUAUGGUUAUUGCAAGUCAAUAUGCAAGAGAUGGCGGCGGCUACAAAGUUCUCCCAGGAAGACUGGAAAACUUCUAAUUUUCUGGUAUCCUCAAGCGCAGAAAGACAGAGGGCUGCAGCGCACACCAUCAGGCAAGAAAAUCACAAAAUCAGCAACCACACUGAAAAUGUGACAAGAUGGACGCAGCAUGGCACUGACAACUCCCUGAAGGAUCGAGUGAGUGACAUUCAGUCAUGGAGGCUCUCUCUCACCAAGACCUUGCAAGACACAGAGGACGAGAUCACCUCAUUGACCAAAUGCAAAGAGUGCUGUGAGAAGGCUCUGGAGGCAAAAAUGAUGCCGCAGGAGAUUGUCAUGGAAUGCCUGGGCAUCAGAGAGCAAAGGUUUAACAUUGACUUGGUAGCAGACGUCACCGAAUCUGAGCUGGAAAAGGAAUUGGAUGUGAUAGUGAGUUUGCAAAUGGCCCUCCACCAAAAAGUGAACGAGGCAUUUGAUCAGAUAUGCAUCCUGCGAGAUGUUCAGGCUCAGCUGUCACAUGACCUCUCUGAUAAGAAUGAGGCUCUGGGGAUUGACACAGAGUGUGCUGAGCUGUGCAACUCCUCCACUACCAUCACCUUCCACUCCGAUCCAACUCGAAUAAAGAAAGGUGACACCUUGCAGUUUCCUGGACACAAUCUGAGACUGGGACUGUUGAAUGCUGGGAUUAUGGCCGUAUAACCUAACCUUUUCUUAGGUCCCAGACAUCCGACUUAGUAACGAUAAGGCAUUCAUUACAAGCUUUCAUUUAGCUGCCAAUCAUGUUUUGUAUGUGCAACAUUGCAUCAUUCGUAAAUCUGUUCUGAAUUGUGUAGGAUAAUCAACCCAGAUCAGUGGGAGGCUUUCUCAACAGCCAACACUAGGACAGCAGAAGAGGAGAUAGCCACCUCCACUAGACUUAGAGAAGCCAUCAACCACGCCAUUCAACAGACAACCAGUAUCCUGGAGGGCCAGUGGACGGCCACUAACUAUUCUCUGAGAAAGAGGCUUCAUGAGAUGGAGCAAGCCCAGCAUGAGCUGGAAUGGCAGAAAAAGAAUACAGAGGCUGAGAUUGCAGAGACUGAGGAGAGCAUAUCUAACCUGAGGCAGGCUCUGGCUGACAAGACUCCUCCUCUGAUGGUGGUCAACACUCGUCUGGAGAACAGGAUCCAUCGUCCUCGUGUGGAGCUGUGUCGCGACCCUCCAAUGUAUGGCAUGGUUGAGGAGGUGGCUGAGAUAGCAGGUGUCCAGCACUCCCUCAGUGAGAAACUCACCACUGCUCUGCAGGGACUGGGGACACUACAGAGGACACUGGAGAGGAUUGACAGAGACUUGGAGAGCAAGACUGCCUGUGUCUCCUUUGACAAGGAAUGCAUCGAGGUUAGGAAAAAGCUAGGUGAACACCAAAAAGCUGAAGACCUGCUGAAACCACGCACGGCAUGAACAACAACAAGCCCUUAGCAACACUGUAGCCAUUUGAGUAAACAGCCAUAUCACCGUGACAUAAACUUAAGCAAAAACUUUGCCUAUUCUUUCCAUGUCGAUCGGACAUAACGACCAUGUGAUGAUAUUGUUGCAGCUUUAAGUUUUAGGAGCUGAGAAAGGCAUAGGGAACACCAAUCACUCAACUUUAUUGUUGUGCUGAGUGCCUUAAGCUUUAUCUACACGACAAUUUCUUAGCAGCUCAUGAUCUGUCUAAUCUGCAUCUCUAGUUA